AAGUUGAUUAGAGAGGAGUGAUGAGUGGCCCGGGCAACAUACAGCAUUGGGCUUAGGCUAAUCUGCUACUUCCAUUCUAUUGGGCUAAUUUCCUUUUGAUCUUGAAAUUACAGCUUCUACAGCUCCAAUCAUUCUCCGCUGUGUAUUAGAGCCGAAAAAGAUGGCAGCAGCAUCGUUUAGAUGGAUACUACAGUUACACAAGGACGUACCAAAAGCAGCUAAUUUCUACUCACAAGGAUUAGAUUUCACCGUCAAUGUCUGCACUCAUCGCUGGGCCGAACUUCAUUCCGGCGACCUUAAGCUUGCCCUCAUGCAAUCUCCCAAUGAUCAUGUUAUGCAGAAGGGAUAUUCUUCUAUGCUAUCGUUUGUGGUGACUGAUAUUAACACUACGGUCACAAAACUGAUGGCCUUAGGUGCUGAAUUAGAUGGUUCAAUCAAGUAUGAAUACCAUGGAAAGGUUGCGGCCAUUCGCUGCUUAGAUGGCCAUGUACUAGGCCUCUAUGAGCCUGCAUAAGGCCUCGAGAUACAAGACAUUUUCAAUGACAUCUCGUGGUGGUAUGUACUGUCUACUCUUUCGCAGACAUUGAGAAAACAUAGGAAACCUCUCCUUUCGUUGGAUUUCCCUCAAUAAUUGAUAGUGUUUGGUCAUCCAGAUCUAUUAAAGCUGUGCAGAGGGUGUAUAGCGUUGGACCUGAAAACAAGCCAAAAUGGUGGUUAGUAUAAAUUAUUGGAGAGUGAAAAGGUUCAAACUCGUUUCUUGAUUACCUGUCAUGUAAAUUGGGUAUUGUUUGUCAUGCAUAUCUCCAAGAAUUGACAAGAAAUCCUUUUUAGAUUGUUUUGGUAGCACAUUUGCUCUUUCUUGCCUGCUAGUUGAAUUGUCAUCUUGUACCUUUGCAACAAAUAACUGAUUGAGAAUCUUUAAUAAACUAAUUUAUGAGCUUC